AUGCCUCAUGGAGAGAGCACCAAGAACUCUGGCAAUUUUAGUGAUCUCUUGAAAUUCAGAGUAGACGCGGGUGAUAAAGAUUUCGAGAUCCAAGAAGAAGCAAAUUUUUCGAAGUAUUUCAGUGUAAUGGCUGACGAGUCUGCUGAUAUUUCUGGACAUGAGCAGUUAUCUAUUGGAAUACGAUAUGUACAUGAGCAAAAUGAAAAUUUUACAGUGAAUGCAGAGUUUCUUGGAUUCGUACAAUUGAAGAAAUUGAAUGCUGAUUGCAUAGCUGUUUCAAUCCUUGAGUUUAUGGAAAAAUCUGGUUUGAAUUUUGACAAACUUGUAGCACAAGGUUAUGAUGAAUGCUCAACAAUGGCUGGUGAAAUUCACGGGGUUCAAAAGAUCAUAAGAGAUAAGUACAAGAAAGUAAUUCAUUUCCAUUGUGCCUACCAUAGGUUGAAUUAA